UUUCUAUGCAUGUGCCUCUGCAUCUCUCUGUUCUCAAGUGUGUUUGUAACUCAGUGUUUGUUUCUGCCUUUGUUUCUCUGCAUGUGAGUGUCUCGUGUCGCUGGUGGGCUUAAAGCUGUGAAUGUGGAUUUGUGUGUCUGCACAUGGUAUCUGUGUUUGCUUUGAAUCUGUCUACAUGUUGUUCCUGUGUUUGCGUAAGGGUUUUUCUCCAUUAGUGCUGUUUCUGUAUUUGUUGUUCUGUUUGCUUGUGAGUUUGUGGGUCUCUGUAUGUUGUCUCAAUGGGUACUACAUUUCCCCUGAUCUUUUCAGAAAUAAAAAUAUAAUAGUGCAUCAACUAACUGUUGAACAGUUUCAGGAUACCAGAGAGAGCACAAAAUAAACUCUAGCAGGGAAGGGAAGCUUUUUUUUAAAAAACUAGAUAUAAGCAGCUGCAUAUUUUAAAAUCCCAACCAGGGGUGUGUAGUGAGAUAAAGUUGAGUCUGCAGGGACUGGAAAUUACAGUACUUGUGAAGAAACAAAGCUUGAUUAAUUGUUUGUGCUUGUAUUGGGGGUGUGUGUGUAACUCUGACAAGAUUCUAUCUCUCUAUGUCCUACUUGAAAGUGCGUUCCUACAUGCACAUUACCUGCUCUGGCCCAGAAUGCUUAAGGCAGAGACUAGAGCUGUAACUGAAAGAAGCAGAGUAGAUGUUGUUUCUAGUUUCCUUUCAUCGCGGACAUUUUGUUGUGGAAAAACCUAAAAACUUGAGCUCUCUCUAACCAAAUUAGCAGCCGUUCGUGUUGAGAAGCUGCCAGCUGAGGUUAGAGUGGUGUCUGUGUAAGAUUAGCUGUAGCAUGGAGCUGUGCUGAGGAGACCAUGUGACUGCAGUGUACAUUGGAAGAGGAAGCUGUAGAGGUCAAUGCAAAGGCAUUGUGCCAGAGUCUGGCAACAAGGGAGAUUGCUGUAUGGCGGCAGAUUGCUUUUCAGACUCCUAACGCUUUCAUUAACUGUUUGGUGUUGGACAGAAGCAUCCCUGUUAGAUUAACAACAGAAAUUUAAGGAUGGAAUAACUCGUUUGUGAUUGGUUUCAGUUGUGGAUGGAAAGAAAAACUGAUCUUUCCAAAUGCUUUGUAGGUUUUAUUAACCACCGCUUGUGGAUCUUUCACUGAAUCAACCUUUCUUGGGAAUGGAAAUUAUUCUGUUUAGAGGAGUUUCAAGACAACAUGCUAUUAAAAGAAAAAAAAGUCGAAUGUUUCCAGCUAUCUCUGCAUCAGUGUGUUCUCAGUUGCAAAGCUCAUUUUGAGCAUUUUGUGGUUUAACUGGAAAUUUAAUUUAUAUAUAUUUUUUCCACCUUCAAUACAAAGAGACAGACAGCCUCAAGUUGCAGGUUGAAGGUUAUUAAAAAAACCCAAAACAAAUAAAAGCCCAAGAAGUAUAGAGAAGGCCAUUUGCAACAAUCCAAAGAAUCUGACUAUCGACUGGCAAUCCUAGGUGGGCAGUAUUGCCUUGGACAAUUUGUUUUAAUUUGGUACUGUUUGAUGAGCGUGAAAGGAUGCUUCACUGAUUUUCACAUUGAUUUUGGUGGCACUUCAGUGUGGUAUCACGUUUUCCGAGGAGGGAAGAUCUUCUGGCUGAUUCCGCCUACUCUGCAGAAUCUGGAACUUUAUGAAGAAUGGGUUCUGUCAGGAAAGCAAAGUGAUAUCUUUCUGGGAGACAGGGUGGAACUAUGCCAAAGAAUUGAGUUGAAACAAGGCUAUACGUUUUUUAUUCCUUCAGGAUGGAUACAUGCAGUUUAUACUCCAGUAGAUUCUCUGGUGUUUGGUGGAAAUAUCCUGCAUAGCUUUAAUGUUCCCAUGCAGCUUCGCGUCUAUGAAAUUGAGGACAGAACAAGGGUGCAUGCCAAAUUCCGUUAUCCUUUCUACUAUGAAAUGUGCUGGUAUGUUCUGGAGAGAUACGUGUCCUGUGUGACCCAGCGCUGCCACCUCAGCAAAGAAUACCAGAAAGAAUCAAUGUUAAUUGAUGCCACAAGAAAACCCAGCGUAGACAGCUUCUCAUCAGAUUCCUGGUUAGACAUGGAUGAAGAAUCUUGUGAUGCUCAUACCCGGGAGGAGAAGGAAGACAAUUUGGAUAAGAACACAAAGUCCUUGGCUGAUGGUUCCUCCUCGCCCAACAGCACACACUCUGAAGGGAAGGAUGUUGCAGGGAAAAAACAGAAAGCCACAGUGAUGAGGUACCUCAAAAGAACUUUGUCCAAUGAGUCAGAUGACAGUGUAAAGUCAACAACCCCCACGGACUAUCCCAAAACACCAACAGGGUCGCCAGCUACCGAAGUCUCAACCAAAUGGACUCAUCUCACAGAGUUUGAACUGAAAGGUUUGAAAGCCCUAGUAGAAAAGCUUGAAUCUCUCCCAGAGAACAAGAAGUGUGUUCCAGAAGGCAUUGAGGAUCCUCAGGCACUUCUGGAGGAUAUGAAGAACAUUCUGAAGGAACAUGCUGAUGACGACCAGAAUCUUGCCAUUUCGGGGGUCCCUGUGGUAGCCUGGCCUAAGAAGACCACAAAGAACAGGGCAGUUGGACGACCCAAAGGGAAACUGGGCACUGCCUCUGCAGUGAAGCUAGCUGCUAAUCGGACGACUGCAGGAGCGCGCCGGAGAAGGACGCGAUGCCGCAAGUGCGAGGCUUGUCUACGUACAGAGUGCGGCGAGUGUCACUUCUGCAAAGACAUGAAGAAGUUUGGUGGGCCUGGAAGGAUGAAGCAGUCCUGCAUUAUGAGGCAGUGCAUCGCACCAGUGCUGCCUCACACUGCUGUGUGUCUCGUGUGCGGAGAAGCUGGGAAGGAGGACACUGUGGAAGAGGAGGAGGGCAAGUUUAAUCUCAUGCUAAUGGAAUGUUCCAUUUGUAAUGAAAUAAUACACCCAGGAUGCCUUAAGGUGAAGGAAUCGGAUGGUGUGGUUAACGAUGAACUGCCGAACUGCUGGGAAUGUCCAAAGUGCAACCAUGCAGGGAAAACUGGGAAAGCGUACAAGCAAAAGCGUGGACCAGGAUUCAAAUAUGCGUCGAAUCUCCCAGGCUCACUGCUUAAGGAACAGAAGAUGAACAGAGAUAAUAAGGAAGUAACAGAUGUAGCAAAACGGAAAGGGGAAUGUGAAGAAACCCCCAGGCGGAAAUCUGAUGAACAUUCCAAAAAAAACCCUGUUGAUUCUAUUUUGAGGAGAAAGUCAGAUGAUGCGCAUAUGCGAAGGAAAAGAAAAUUUGAGAAACCCCAAGAACCUGCUAUGAGAAAACGGCUAAAACUUGGUAAAGAAGAGAAACUCUUCAGGAAAAAGAGGCGAUCAUGGAAGGCUACAGAUGACCGACCUGCCAUGGCCAAACCCCUGCGGCGUUUUAAACAGGAACCCGAGGAGGAUCUGCCAGAAGCACCUCCAAAGUCCAAGGAGAGUGACCAGUCACGGUCAAGCUCUCCCACUGCGGGCCCCAGCACCGAAAGUGCUGAGCCCAGGGACAAGAAGAAGAUAAAGAUGAGGCGGAAAAGGCGGCUUCCAAAUAAGGAACUGAGCAAAGAGCUCAGCAAGGAGCUCAAUCAGGAGAUCCAAAAAACCGAGAACAGCCUUGCCAAUGAGAACCACCAACCCAUCAAAUCUGAGCCAGAGAGCGAGAAUGAGGAGCCCAAACGUGCUCUGAGCAAUAGCGAGAGACUCCACAGGUUCAGCAAAGGGUUAAAUGGGACUCCUAGGGAGCUGAGGCACCAACUUGUGCCAAGCCUGCGAAGCACACCUAGGGUGAUUACCCGGCCACCACCUUCGCUCUCUCCUCCCAAAUGCAUUCAGAUGGAACGCCAUGUAAUCAGGCCACCCCCCAUCAGCCCUCCUCCGGACUCACUCCCCCUAGAUGACGGGGCAGCCCAUGUGAUGCAAAGGGAAGUCUGGAUGGCUGUCUUUAGCUACCUCAGUCAUAGCGACUUGUGCAUCUGUAUGAGAGUUUGUAAGACCUGGAACAGAUGGUGCUGUGAUAAAAGAUUGUGGACCAAAAUAGAUCUAAACCAUUGUAAAUCCAUCACUCCACUUAUGCUCAGUGGCAUUAUCAGGAGACAACCUGUAACCCUUGAUCUUAGCUGGACAAACAUAUCUAAAAAACAGCUGAGCUGGCUCAUCAACAGACUCCCAGGUCUACGAGACCUGCUGUUAUCAGGAUGUUCAUGGAUAGCCGUCUCAGCACUUUGUAGUUCCAGUUGUCCUUUACUCCGAACCCUGGAUGUUCAGUGGGUGGAAGGAUUAAAAGAUGCACAAAUGAGAGACCUCUUGUCACCACCAACAGAUAACAGGCCAGGUCAAAUUGACAACCGAAGUAAACUACGGAACAUAGUUGAGCUGCGUUUGGCUGGUCUGGAUAUUACAGAUGCUUCUUUACGAUUGAUCAUUAGGCACAUGCCUCUGCUUUCCAAACUCAAUCUUAGUUACUGUAACCAUGUGUCAGAUCAGUCUAUUAACCUGCUGACUGCAGUAGGAACCACCACGCGUGAUUCCUUAACUGAAAUUAAUUUAUCAGAUUGCAAUAAGGUUACUGACCAGUGCCUGUCCUACUUUAAACGUUGUGGAAACAUCUGUCAGAUUGACUUGAGGUACUGCAAGCAAGUGACAAAGGAAGGCUGUGAGCAGUUCAUAGCAGAGAUGUCCGUGAGUGUUCAGUUUGGUCAGAUGGAAGAGAAACUUCUUCAAAAACUGAGUUAGUUAAAGGACAAGUGUGUAAAUAUUGGGGCAAGGGGUGGGGAAGGGACUAAGAACAUGUAGGGAUUUUAUUUUCAAUUGGGAAACCAGAAAAUAUCAAAGAUUGGAUUUUACAGUCCUGUCAAGGAGAGAACAUCAUUAAAACUACCCAUAUUAAGAAUUUCAACCUGUGCUACUUAAUUCAGUCUACCUGGGAUGUCCUGCACUGACUCUUAUGCAAAUUCAUAAGGCGACUGUUAUUGAUGAUAAAUGUUCACACCUGGAAGAAGACUGAUCUGUUGUUUAAAGUACCACCGCAUGUGCUUGGGUAGUGUAAAUUUAAUUUCUGCUCUUCAUUUCUUAAAACAAAAAAAAGUUGGUGUCAUUAAAGUGGACCACACACUGCAUUUCUGCCUUCUUAACACGUUUUGUUUUGUUACAUCUUACAUUAUGCAGAAAUAUUUUUGUACAAAAUUGUUUAAAAGUUAUUUAUGCAAUGUUUUGAAUGCAUUACCAGUGUUUUGGUUUUGGAUUGCCAAUUUUUAUCUUUACAGUAGGCGAGAACUUAACCUAUACUUCGUAGACACAAUAUCCAUCUGCAAACGUGCCCAGGUCAGGAAAAGUAGGUUAAUACUUUCAAUUUAAAGCAUGUUUUAAUGGAAGUUUAUAUCCUGCUUUGUAUACUUCAGAAGUGACAUAAGCAUGUUGUGGAAAUAAGGUGUAAAUGAUAGUUGAAGUAAGACACUAUGCCAAGUUUUAUCUGUAUAGAAAUCACCUUUUUCUCAAAAUUUUAAAAAUUCCAAUUUCAGCUUUUGCACAUAGGAGGGUUUCACUCUGUAGCAUGAGCUCUUGUACUCAAUAUGAAAUUAAUUUAUACAGUGAGUCAAACAGUAGAAUAAAUGGUCAAGCAUAGUCUUUUUUUCCCCUUUCUUUGAAGUGUGAGUUGAGUUCUCAUUUAAGGUUUAUAACAUGGUUAUUUCCUGAUUGUAAAAUUCUGCAUUGAUAAGUGCCAUUGUUGUAAGGUGUUGUUUUCGUAGAAUUUCCUGAUGCAGUUUUACCUUUGUUGAAUUUGUAUAAACAAUUGUACAAAAACA